AUGAUGAUCCAGCUCAAUGUUCAUACGGGGAUAUAUAAAAAGCUACAUAAUGAUCACUGGACGUUCAACAUUCCCGGGUUGGGCUUCUAUUACGACAAGAUCAAGAACAGGAAGAACAACCUCAAGAGUCAAAACUUGGAGAUAAAAGACGACGCAAUGUGGAAAUUAGCGCUUCUCUUGACAUCUUUCGCAGCGUCUACGCAAAUCACUUCAGCUUUGCCCACUACUCAAAAUGGUGGAAGGGCUGUCCUCCAGUCAGUAAGCGUCAUCAACGCCCGCGAUGCUAAAUCUGAUGCAGCUGACCCUGCAGCCAAUUUGUCCAUGACGAUCCCAGCCUCGAGCAUAACCCCAAGAACCCUCAAAAUCAAUGUCAAUCUUCCGCGUUAUCGUAGACGCAUUGAGCCAGCAGCGAUAUCUGGACUGCUCCAAAUCUUUCAAGAGCAGCUUGAAAACAAAGGCGAUGGCCCGAUGAGAAAUACUGAGAUUACCAGAACUAUGUAUCCUCGGCUCCAGGUCGAUUUACAGCCAGUUCAGUACUUGGGUGCUCAGACGAUCAGCUAUGACGAGGCCGCCGGGUGUGUGGGUCUCGUAAAGGCACAGGUGGAGGCAGAGCAUGUGGUCACUGAUUUCGAGUUUACUAUCAAGGAUGAGGAUCUUUUAUUGGCGGAAGGGACCCUGGAGUCGGUGGGCGACGGCUUUGCGAAAGUUGAAGGCCUUGAGGUCUCUACUAGCUCUAUGGGCGUGGCGAGUAUGUAG